AUGCCGUGCCUCCGCGUCGACCAGCGGGAGUUCCAUGCCGCGGCGACCGGCAACGGCUCCCUCGUCGAGAGGCUGAGUUUCAACAACUUCGCCCACAUCCUGCUGCACCGCCACGACGUAGCACUCCUAGAAGAAUUUCGGCUGCACGUAAAUCCUGGCUAUGGCUAUGGCUAUGGCAGCUGCCGUGCUGACAGCUGGGUCCGCCGCGGCAUAAGUCAGGAUGAGACUUGGCCUUGCCGGCUCGAAAGGUUGCAUCUUAACAACGUGUCUUUGGACGGUUAUUUUGCCAGGCGCAUCAGUUCGCAGUGCCCUGCUCUUGAGGACAUGCGACUGAAAAACUGCAGCUUCUUGCUCACCGAGGACAUCAGGUUCACCUCCUCCUCGCUAAAGAAAUUGGUCAUCGUCGGCUUCCAUGUGGUGAGGGAGGAUGCUUCUUCCAGGCUGAUUUUGGAGGCUCCUGCCCUUGCUUCCCUCCGCCUUGCCGGUCAUUCUUCUAACAAUUAUUCCUAUGUCAUGAGUCUGACGACAGUGAGGAGCAUGCCAUCACUUGUCGAUGCAUCGAUCUGUCUGGUGACUGUGAGCAGGUUCAAUUACAGCAAUGAAGAUAACGGCCCAAUUGAGAGGCAAUUGUCUUUUCUCAACGAGCUUUUCAAUGUGACGACUUUACAUUUGUCUGGUUUCGGUGUCAUGUUUCUUGUCCUUGGUGGUGAUGCUGGUCUGCAUUUCCCUGAGUUCAAAAACCUCAAGGCAUUGUCCCUCGCCGAAUGUGAUAUCAGUGAUGACUUCCUCACCCUGAAGCAUUUCCUGCGGAACUCACCUAAUUUGGAGAAGCUCACUUUGCGCUAUUGCGAGCUCUCGGAUCCCAGAUCUAGAAAGCAGAUAAUGGUAUUUCGAAUAAUAAAAAGAUCUAGAAAGGAGAUAAUGGAAUUUCAGAAAAAAAGAAAGAAGAUAAUGGAAAAGGCUCACUCAUAUUCCCAGGACAUGGCAACUGUUGAGUGCAAGAACCUCAAGCUCACUGAAAUCAUAUACCGGGAAAAUGAUGAUGAUGAUGUGCACCUAUUGGUCAAUUUUUGGUUGGGCAUGUCGAAGAGUACGCCAAGCAAUAAGAUCGAGAUCACUAAAGUCGAUUAG